AUGAUGAUAUAUGUAAAAAAGUGGUGGUUUGGAUCCGGCGACGGCGGUGGCUCCGGCGGCGGCGGUGGCUCCGGCGACGGCAGUGGCUCCGGCGACGGCGGUGGCUCCGGCGACGGCGGUGGCUCCAGGGACAGCGAUGGCUCCGGUGACAGUUCUGGUGGUGGCUCCGGCGAUAGCGGUGGCUUCGGCGAUAAUUCCGACAAUAACAGUGUCUCCAGCGAUAGUUCCGGCGGUGGUUCCAGGGACGGUGGAGGCUCCGGUGACAAUGGGAACACCGACGAUGGGGUGGUUGCUCUGGUGAUGUCAUUCGUUCUCGUAACGGGGGUAGCUCCGACGGCGACGGUGGUGUUGAUGACGGUGGCUGUGGCGGCGGUAGUGGGUGUAGUGAUGAUUGUUGUGGUGGUGGUUAAUGCCGGUGACGUUGACGAUGGUAAUAGUGGUGGUGGCAACGAUGAUGGUAGUGGUGGCAGUGGCACUAAAAAUGACAUUGAUGGUGGUAAUAUUAAUUGUUAG